AUGUCUCAAGAUAAACUUACCGGCGCCAAGGUGGCUGAGCACAACUCCAAGGACUCGUGCUGGGUCAUCGUGCACGGCAAAGCCUACGACGUCACUGAGUUCCUACCAGAACACCCUGGAGGCUCAAAAAUUAUCCUCAAGUACGCCGGGAAAGAUGCGACCGAGGAAUUCGACCCCAUCCACCCUCCCGACACCCUGGACAAAUUCCUCGAUCAAUCCAAGCACCUCGGCGAGGUCGACAUGAGCACUGUCGAGCAGGAGGAGAAGGUCUUCGAUCCGGAGGAGGCCGAUCGUCAAGUCCGUAUUAAGCAGAUGCCUCCCCUCGCAGCUUGCUACAACCUCAUGGACUUCGAGGCUGUCGCCCGCCGGGUGAUGAAGAAGACCGCCUGGGCAUACUACUCUAGCGGAGCGGAUGAUGAGAUCACAAUGCGCGAGAACCACGCUGCCUUCCACAAAAUCUGGUUCCGACCCCGCGUCCUCGUCGACGUCGAACACAUCGAUAUGUCAACCACUAUGCUCGGCGAUAAAUGCUCAAUCCCUUUCUAUGUCACUGCCACCGCCCUGGGCAAACUCGGCCACCCAGAGGGUGAGGUCGUCCUGACAAAAGCCGCGAAACAACACGAUGUGAUCCAGAUGAUCCCCACACUUGCUUCCUGCUCCUUCGAUGAGAUUGUCGACGCAAAGCAAGGAGACCAGGUACAAUGGCUCCAGCUCUACGUGAACAAGGACCGUGCGAUCACCGAGAAGAUCGUCGCGCACGCUGAGAAGCGCGGAUGCAAGGGACUGUUCAUCACCGUUGAUGCACCCCAGCUCGGCCGUCGUGAGAAGGACAUGCGAUCCAAGUUCUCAGAUGUCGGAUCCGAUGUCCAAUCCGGUGAAUCAAAUGUGGACCGCUCGCAAGGAGCUGCCCGCGCGAUCUCAAGCUUCAUUGAUCCUGCCCUCUCGUGGAAGGAUAUCCCCUGGUUCCGCUCUAUUACCCGCAUGCCGAUCGUGCUCAAGGGUGUUCAAUGCGUUGAAGAUGUUCUCCGCGCCGUUGAAGCCGGCUGCGACGGUGUAGUCCUCUCUAACCACGGAGGUCGUCAACUGGAAACCGCCCGCUCUGGCAUCGAAGUCCUCGCAGAGGUUAUGCCCGCCCUUCGUGAACGUGGCUGGGAGAAGCGCAUCGAGGUCUACGUUGACGGCGGUGUCCGCCGCUCGACUGAUAUCAUCAAGGCCCUCUGUCUCGGCGCCAAGGGUGUCGGAAUCGGCCGACCAUUCCUGUACGCCAUGUCCGCCUACGGACUGGAUGGUGUCGAUCGUGCGAUGCAGUUGCUUAAAGAUGAGAUGGAGAUGAACAUGCGGUUGAUUGGUGCCACAACUAUUGAGGAAUUGAAUCCUAGUUUGUUGGACACGCGUGGUCUUAUGGGUGGGCAUUCCGGUGUCAUCCCUUCUGAUACCUUGGGAUUGGGCGCUUAUGAUCCGCUUGAGGCGCCGCGUUUCAAUGAGAAGGCUAAGCUGUAG